UUAAUUUAGGCGCGGCCGGGACGCCGGCCUCACUCUGGACUCUGGACGGAGGCGCAGCGCGGCGGGCUCGGUCUCGCCAUGGCCACGGAGGGGACGCUGGGGCGGCCGCGCCGGAGCCGGGCAGGCGGGCGACGCAGACGAUCAUCUCUGCCCGAUUCAUGCACAGUACCUUUGGCCUUUGUUUGCUCUCACAUCUGAUGUGGCCUCUGUUUUGGGUCACAUGUGAAACUCACCUGUACCUCAAAUAGGAAGGUCACAUUGUCUCUUCUGUGACAAGUAGAAGUCACCAGGAAUUGAACUCAGGACCUUGUGCUUGCCAUGCAGAUGGUCUGGUGAUGCAGGACCCUGCUCGGCGGUAGCAAUGCAGACCCCCUUCCUGUGCCUGGAUCUCAAGUCUGCAUGUGAACCAGGACACAGGGAAGCAGGAAGCAAACCUGGUGCAUCCAAGAGCACCGAGUCUGGGUAGGACUGGGCGGUGAUGCUGCCUCUGCCCGGCUCUGGAGCCCAGCUGCAGUGACGCCACUGAUGUGCCCGGCUCUGGCACCUUCCUUCCAUCUGUGCUAAAUGGCACAGCGUUGGAUCAGCACACCUGGAGAGAAAGGUGUGAGCAGCAAAGCCCAUGGCUACGUUCCCCUGCCAGCUAUGCGGCAAGACAUUCCUCACCCUGGAGAAGUUCACUAUCCACAAUUAUUCUCACUCCAGGGAGCGGCCGUUCAAGUGCUCGCAGACUGACUGUGGCAAAGCCUUUGUGUCCAGAUACAAACUGAUGAGGCACAUGGCUACCCACUCUCCCCAGAAAUCUCACCAGUGCGCCCACUGUGAGAAGACGUUCAACCGGAAAGACCACCUGAAGAACCACCUCCAGACCCACGACCCCAACAAGAUGGCCUUCGGGUGCGAGGAGUGUGGCAAGAAGUACAACACCAUGCUGGGCUACAAGCGGCACCUGGCGCUGCACGCGGCCAGCAGCGGGGACCUCACCUGUGGCGUCUGCGCCCUGGAGCUGGGGAGCACGGAGGUGCUGCUGGACCACCUGAAAUCCCACGCGGAGGAAAAGCCACCCAGCGGGGCCAAGGAGAAGAAGCACCAGUGCGACCACUGCGAGAGGUGCUUCUACACCCGGAAGGACGUGCGGCGCCACCUGGUGGUGCACACGGGCUGCAAGGACUUCCUGUGCCAGUUCUGCGCGCAGAGGUUCGGGCGCAAGGACCACCUCACCCGGCACACGAAGAAGACGCACUCGCAGGAGCUGAUGAAGGAGAGCCUGCAGGGCGGGGACCUCCUGAGCCCCUUCCAUCCAGGCUCGCCCUCCUUCCCGCUGAAGGCCGCGCCCCUGUCUCCCUACCCUCUAGGGCCCCCUGCCCAGAACGGGCUUGCAGCCGGCCUGCCCACCGAACCGCAGAGCCUGCCCCUGAGUCCCCCGGAGCCGAGCGCCCCGUCCGUGCCGCCGCCGCCGCCCCCGCCCCCGCCCCCGCCCCCGCCCCCGCCGCUGCCGGAUCCCCUGGCCGCCCUGCACCCCGCGGUGGCCCCCAGCUCCCCUCCCCCGACCCUACCAGGUCACAAGUACAACGCCGGUUCUACCUCAUACCCCGCCCUGGCGAGCCUGCCCCUCAAAGCAGAUGCUAAAGGGUUUUGCAAUGUCAAUUUGUUCGAGGACUUGCCGCUGCAAGAGCCUCAGUCACCUCACAAGCUGCACCCCGGCUUCGAGCUGGCCAAGGCCGGGCCUGGGAAGGUCAGUCUGCACAAGGAGCUGCCCGCGGAGGCCGUGAACCUGGCCAUCCCAGCCUCGCUGGACCUUUCCUCCCUGCUGGGCUUCUGGCAGCUGCCGCCUCCCACGCAGGGCGCCUUCGGCACCGGCCCGCUGGGCCUGGGGCCCGCGGAGCCUCUGCCCCACCGGCUCAGCUGCCUGGGGCAGCAGCAGCAGCAAGAGCCCCCCUUGGCCGUGGGCGCCGUGAGCCUGGGCCAGCUGCCGCUGCCCCCCAUCCCGCACGUGUUCGCGGCCGGCACCAGCACCGCCAUCCUGCCUCACUUCCACCACGCCUUCAGAUGAUGAACUGGGUUUUAGAAGCGUUGUUGGGUUGGUUGGUUGGUUUGUUGGGGGGGGGGUCUUACUCUGGAAGCUGUUUUCAGAAGCAUUUUAAUUAAACAUCAUUUGUAAUACAAAGGGAGAUUUGGGACUAGGACUGUGGCUGAUGUGGUGAUGUCUGACUUGAGAAAAUUCUCCAACUGCAUGUGUUGUGCCAAUCUGUCCUGAGUGUUCAAGCUUUGUACCAAAUUUAACAAGCCCGUGUUCUUUAAUUGAACUGCAAACACUGUCAUAAACAACAUCCAAACCCACGGCUGCUAUGUGUAUGUGUUUGGUCAUAUUGAAUUUAACUGUAAGCCAUGAUUAUAAUGAUGUUAACCGAAUAAUUCCAUGUGGCGCCGCCUAGUAAGGGAACCAUGGAAGCGUUUGUGGGUUUCUCCACGUUGGGAGACGUUUUAAAAAUGAGAAUAUAACCUUUAUAUGGCAUAUUAUGACUAGGCCGUGUAUUUCUUUUCAGGGACUCUUCUGCCUUCAGGGUGGGAUGUAGUUUAGUUACUAUUACCAUAGCCAACCUGCAGUUUACAGACACAGCUGUUGGCGGGACAAUUGAUUUCUCCAUUUUAAAAAAGCGCGUUUUAAAUGUAGUUCGAAUAUUUUCCACAUGAUGCUGCAAUGUGAGUUCUCACUUCAUUUAUCUGAAAGACAAAACCGAUGUCAGUUACAUCUGACAGAAAAAAUCACUGUGUAACCAGGUAAAGUGGUAAAAUAAUCCAGGCGUCAGUCAAAGGCAUUGUGCUGACUAUAAUACUGAUUAUAUUUUUAACAGGAAUUUAAGAGAAUAUUACUGGAAUUAAAUAUAUAUAUAUAUUAAACAGGAAUUUUCUUUGCCUAGCUUAACUACUCAAGCUGCUUAAAUUCCUAUUGUUUUGAAUUGCUGAUAGGUGUAUUUGUAAUUCAUGAAUUAAGUCAUUAGCUUUUUUCAAAGAGAAUUUUGCAAUGUAACUGUAUCUGUAAUCUAUCUCUUGAAACUGGUGUCUUGUUAAUGAGUUUUUUAAAAUGUAAAAGCUUUUUACAGUCUUUCCUUUGUUUUUAGAGGCUUUUUCUCAUAAACAUAUAUUUACAUAUAAUAAACGUUACAUAUCUUGCAA